AUGUGUGGGAUACUUGGUCUUUUGUUUCAUAACCCCGAGGAAGACGUAGCACCCGAGAUUUGCGAAGGACUGAGCCUGUUACAGCAUCGGGGUCAGGAUGCGUGUGGGGUUAUUACUUGCGGACCGAAAGGGAAAUUCUAUCAGUGCAAGGCCAAUGGGAUGGUGCGAGAUGUGUUCGAUCAGAAAAGUUUGUCGACGUUGAUCGGUGGCAUGGGUGUUGGUCAUGUUAGAUAUCCUACAGCUGGCUCAUCUGCGUACUCCGAGGCACAGCCGUUCUAUGUCAAUUCGCCUUAUGGCAUCGUUUUUGCCCAUAAUGGCAAUCUCAUCAAUGCCCGGGAACUUAAAGGAUUCCUUGAUGCCGACGCCCAUCGUCACAUCAAUACGGAUAGUGAUUCUGAAUUGCUCCUGAACAUCUUCGCGAAUAACCUCCAAAAGACGGGAAAGUUUCGUAUCAAUGAGGAAGAUAUCUUCACAGCCAUUCAUGACCUUAUGGACCAGGCCAAUGGAGCUUAUGCUUGCAUCGCAAUGCUAGCUGGCUUCGGGUUGAUUGCGUUUAGGGACCCAAUGGAAUUCGACCUACAUCUUCUGGGCAGACGGGACUACAUAUUCGCGAGUGAAAGCGUCGUUGCAGAUGCUUCUGGAUUCGCAGAAUGGGAGGAUGUUAGGCCAGGCGAAGCGAUUAUCAUCACUCGGGAGCGAGUAUCCAGACGUCAUUUAAAGCCAUAUGCUGAAUUCGCACCCGAUAUAUUUGAAUACGUCUACUUCGCCCGUCCUGACUCUGUACUUGAUGGGGUGAGUGUAUACCGCAGUCGAAUGGCAAUGGGCGAGCUCCUAGCCAACACAGUCAAGCAAGUACUUGAGGAUAAGAAGAUCCAGGUUGACGUUGUUAUCCCAGUUCCUGAUACUAGCCGGGUAGCCGCGUUAGAACUUGCUCAGCAAUUGAAGAUACCGUACAGGGAAGGAUUUAUGAAGAAUCGCUACAUUGGGAGAACAUUCAUAAUGCCUGGGCAGCAGACGCGCAGAAAAAACGUGCGAAGGAAGUUGAAUGCCAUGGCCUUGGAAUUCGCUGGCAAGGUUGUCCUCCUUGUUGAUGAUUCCAUAGUCCGAGGCACAACUUCGAAGGAAAUCAUUCAGAUGGCCAGAGACGUAGGUGCUAAAAAAGUUCUGAUCGCAUCCUGCGCACCUCCGAUAAGGUUCUCGAACGUCUACGGAAUCGACAUGCCAUCGCCCAGCGAACUCGUUGCCUACGACCGAAAUGAAGAACAAAUCGCGGAAGCAAUAGGAGCAGAUUUAGUCAUCUUUCAGUCACUCCCAAAUCUUGUUGCCUCUGUGCAGCAAUUCAAUGGCAAACUUCGGUCGUUCGAUUGCUCCGUAUUUACUGGGGAAUAUGUGACCGGAGGAGUCGACGACGAGUAUCUUCGUCACAUCGACCUCCUGAGAAGCGAUGAUGCCAAGCGGAAGGUUGCUGCAACCUCCAACGGACACUCUCAUCAGCAAUUGGACCCGAACGUGUUAGCGUCGAAUUGCAACGGACCAGUGAAUGGAGCAGACGAGACGGUCGGUUUGCAUAACAGCUGGACUGCAACGUCAACAAAAGAACUUGUGAAUCGUACCCUGGUGUCAUAGUUUGCUUCCACCCUUCCUAAAUCAAAGUUCCUAAAGCUACAUAUCACAUUAGUGUACGAUAAUCCAUGUAUUAUAAGCACGAUAGAUAAUUAUUCUUCAUCACUGUCGUU